CAAGAACCGUCAUCAUGAAUAUGUACCAUCUUGACACUCAACCACCUUCCCUCUGAUCGAGAAACUGUAUGCUCCUCAGUUCCUCUUUAUACCCCUUCGCACGCUUCACCAUCUCUUCACAUUUGAAUUUGUUUCGCCGUAACAGUUUGUUAUCUCUCACAUGGCUUCCGCCGUGUUUACCAGCCAAAACCUCUUGGAGGCCAAAAAUUCAAGAGCCUGUGAACUCUUGGAACAAGAUAAAGAAGAUAGUGAAAGUUCUUAUGGUUUCUCUCCCCCAAUCGUAGUUCAUUUCCCCAUUCGUCCCGAACGGGCGGAUUGGUCAUGUCACUGAUGGGUUAGCUUCUAUCAAUACCCCUUCAAGAAACUAGGAUACAACGUAAAAUAAUACGGAGAUAAAGGAAAGACGUACAGUACGCUUUCGCGAUUGUCAAAGCUAACAGAGUAACGGUGAUCUCCGCUUUCAGCGUCAGGUAGCAGUGAGCCGCGAGUGUGACCUCUUCUCCCUGCGGUUUCUCCUCCUACGUCGUCACUCGUCGACAGCCUGGAAGUUCGUUGGUCGGCAGCGGCAUGGCGGGUGUGCUUCUCCUUAGCGGUUCUUCUUCUUCGCAGAAUCGCAGACUAACUUCGACGAAGUCGUGAAGGCAUUCCGACGUCUAUCCCACGCUGCAGACGACACAGAGACCUGGAGACAAGGCUCGGCCAACACAUUUUCCGUUUCAGCAGUCCGACGGUCCGGUGUAGCAGCUGGGUUACUUCUCCGGCGAGCUCCGUUUCAUCUCCUUUGGUGGCGGCGACGUUCUAUCCUCCGGCUUAGGUCAGCCUGGUACUUCUACUGCCCUCUCUGACUACGUACGCUCUCUUUUUUUCUCUUUUUUUACUGAAAUUUUCUUUCACUCUUGUACAUGUGUUUAUGUUCGUUUGGUUUGUUCGCCUCCCCUCCCGGCCAGCUGCAGACGAGUACAUUUUAUAUGUAUAUAUCUGCUCAUUAUAUGAUGGACCACAUAUAUGUCGUCUGUGGGAACUCUAUAGUAUUUUAUUGCUCAUCGAAAUUACUAACCGGUUCCGUUGGUUUUCUUUCAUUAUUGCCGUUAUGUGUAUUAUUAUGAUGAGUAUAUGAACGAGCGGUUACAGAUCAGUACAUAAUUACAUGCCGAUGUAUAUGGGUGCGUGUAAGUAUAUGGUAUAUGUAUGUGCGUGUAUGUGAUAUAUAUAUAUCCGUGAAGCUGCUGCUGUUAUAUAUGAGUACUCCUUUGUUAUUCUGUAUCUUUACUACAGAGUAUUACUACCUUAAUAAUAGCUCCAGAUCCGUUAGCCUCAUUUUUCUCUUAUAGUUCCGUAUGUAAUAAUUAAGUUACGUGUAUGUAGCAUAUAUACUAAAUAAGUAUGAUGUAUGUAUUGGAUACAUAUUAUGUAUGUAUGAUGAAUGUGAUACGUGUGUACUCCGUAUGUAAUAUGCUAUAUACACACGUACUAUACAUUAGGUGUUAUAUCUAUGCAUGGUAUUAUUUUUAUGUAUUAUUUCAUCAUCUCAUUUCACAUUUUGUUUUGUUUUCAUCACAAAUUAUAUUUGGCUUAAUUUUAUUAGGUUGAUUUUAUCUGAUUUAUUAUUCACUUUAUUUUUUUUAAACCCAUUAUAUCAGAUUUACUUUUAUUUUAUCUUUAUAUCAUUAGUAAAUUUUCUAUUUAAAUCUUUGGGGUGUCACAGCUAUUGCUAUCACUCAUAAUCCGGUAUUUCAUUCAAGAACCAAACAUAUUGAGAUCAGACAUCACUUUAUCAGAGAGCAUGUUGAGAAGAAAACCAUCAAGCUUGAGUACAUCCCCACAGAUAAGCAGUUGGCUGACAUCUUCACCAAGCCAUUGAAUGAAGCUAGAUUCAACCAACUAAGGCAAGAGCUUGGAAUGUUAGAUGAUCUAGAUCAAGUGAAGGAAUAAUCAUGCAUCAACUCAGGAGGAAUUUGAUUCAAAAAUUAAGGGGGAAUUCCCAGCCACCUGCUGAGGGGGAAUUUCUGUAAAGUACUCAGGAGUAGCCACGUGCUAAAGGUAGGCUACUCAAAACAUCAAAGGAAUGAAGCAUCAAAGUCCAAAUAAGUCACUAUCAGGAUAUCAAGAUCAAAAGGAGUCAAAAUUCACAAAAUUGGCUCAGCAGUUGACUGCAUCCUAGCAAGCAGUGGGCUCAGCAGGCGACUGGCUACUAGCCCACUGCUACUUUUAAAAAGAAAGAAAAUGCACAUUUUCUCAAAACACUAGCUCAAGAUUUCGCGCAGGUGACUGCCUCAGGAGCAGGGCAUUGCUUCAGGCCAACAGUUGGCUCAAUUUCUGACAAAUGCUCAUGGAAUCUCAACAAGUGACAUACAUCAUCUUGAUCCCCUAAUAUCAAGGAUUCCAAAAAGCCAACUUUUGUUCUCAGAAACCUUCAAAACUUUACUCAAAAUUGAGCCCCCUGCUAACAGUGUGAACACCGUUAAUGCUGAAAAGGCCUGCAAUAUUCUCCAACGGCUAUAUUCCAAUGGCUAGUUCCCGAUAGCCUAUAAAUACUCCCUCCGUACAAACCCUUCACACUUUUUACUUUGCAAUCUCUUUCUACCUAUUCUAAAGCUCUCAAACUCUCUCUUAACAUUCUUAAAAGCUCUCUUAUACACUACCAUCGCAAAUCCUUCCCUUCCCCCAUCUACACAAAAAUGGCCUCCCUCAUUCAAAUCGCCAAAUCCAUAUCCACCGGGUCUAUUGUAAACACUCCCAAAAUCAUUGAGAAAACAGAAAACCCUGACAAAAUGAGGGAUCUUCUGAGAAAGCUAGAGAUAGCGAGGCUAAUGAAAAUGGCAACUUACCCCUAUGAAUACUUCUACCCAGAAGUAGUGGCCGAAUUCUACCUGAACUCUCAACCAGGUACUCUUCAAUCAGUCAUCAAAGGAAGGCCGGUAGAAAUCAAAGAAGGAGACAUAAGAAUUUUGCUCUCCCUACCUGGAGAUGAAGCCCCAAAUGUCG